AUGAGCGCUCCCAACCCCGCGCCGGAUCGCAGCGUAUCUGGGCAAUCGCCAUCCACUGCCCGAUCCACCACCGCCAACGCAUCCGCAGUGCAUUUCCAAACCAACGAGGCUGCCGAUGCCUCUCUCGAUAGCAUCGCUCCAUCCUUCAACGAGCCGGCAAGCGACGAUGCGCCCGAAGUCAGCUCCGAUGACGGUCAGGGCUACGAUCACUACAACACCUCCUACACCAAUCCGGAGCGAAGGUCGAGCUCGUUUGGCAUCGCAACCCCAUCCCACGGCUUCCCCUCAUCCUCCGCCUACAACUACAAGGCCAUGAUCAGCAAACACGGUCACGGAUUCCCAGAGAGAGCCGAGUCCGUCCGCAACAUCUCCGCCCUCGCCAACCUCGUCGACUAUCGCUCCAACUACUUUGAAGAUCACAGGCUCUCGGAAGAGGAGAUCAAGCACCGCACAAAGCAUCUCGGAUGGUCCAAGGCAGCCGCCGUAUCCGAAUACUACGAACGUCUCAACGAGACACUCGACGGAUGGAGAGAGGUCGACGAGAUCCUCGACUCGCGCUUCCCAGACGAAGUCAUGCGUCGCUUCCUCCACCAAGACCAGAUCGCCGCAAAGAACAAACGUCGCAACCACCACCAAUCCGCUGCAAAGCACAAGCGUCGCAACAAACAAGCCAGCAACAACGGUCACCGCGAACAGCCCGAAAGCGACGGCAAUGUCUCGGACGAAGAAGAAACAGAAGAGGAGGAUCUCCGCCGCAACAAGCGUUCCAUCAAGCGCAGCUUCAGCGCAAAGGCCAUCGACGCUUUCAGCGGCCUCUGGUUUGGGUCCUCGUCCAGCCCACGCAUGAGCGACGGCAGGCGAGAUCUCGAACAAGCUCGUCAGCCACGUUCCUCUUCAAGGACCCGCCAACCCAAGCCCUUCGACCUCAACUCGGCCACCGAAGAGGAAGAAGAAGACGAUCACAACGAUCGCGCUCGUGCUCCAACUCGACAGCUCCUCUCUUCCUCACCUAGCGCCACCGACGACAUCCGAAAGACCUCGGCACGCAACGACUACGGCGCCACCUCGGCCUCCUCUGCCGGGCAGCUCUUCGACAAGCUUCGUCGCGAGGGCCGCAUCGAGCAGAUCCGUCGUUCCGAGUCCCAGCUCGCCCUCGCUUCCGGCGCCAACUCGCCAGCUUCCGCCAGCGGCACACAAACGCCCCAGGAAGACAUCUCGUCCUCAGGCUCCAAAGCCAACACCAUCAGGCCUUCACGUGUCGACGCCAUCUCUGAACACGCCGAUUCCACCACCAAGCCAGCCAGUGCGGACAGACAUCGAUCCAGCAUGAAUCGAGACCCGAGCACCGAACGCUACCACCGUCCCUACGCUUCCCAAGAAGAAGAGAGGCGGGCGCUCCUCAGCACCGUUCCCAGCCGUGCAAAGGAGGAAGAGACCUCGCGCUCCGUCCAGUUUGCCAUCAACAUCAACCUCCUCAUCAACAUCCUCCUCCUCGCAGGUAAGGGCGUCGCCGUGCUCUCCUCCAACUCGGUCUCCCUCAUCGCCUCGUUUGUCGACAGCGCACUCGAUCUCCUCUCCACCAUCAUCAUCUUUGCCACAUCCAAGGCCAUCGCCUACCGCUCCUGGAAGACCAUCUACAAGUACCCCGUCGGCAAACAGCGUCUCGAGCCCCUCGGCGUCGUCAUCUUUUCCGUACUCAUGAUCGCCUCCUUCGUACAAGUCUUUAUCGAGUCCGUCGGCAGGCUGCGCGAGGUGCUCGCCACGGGCAGUGAGGAUUCCGAGUCCGCCGCCAGUCUGCCGCUCAUCGGCAUCGCCUUCAUGCUCGCCACCAUCGGCAUCAAGACCGUCAUGUGGCUCUUAUACCGCUCCUCCAAAUCCUCCGGUGUACGCGCCGUCGCCCAGGAUGCCGAGAACGACGUCGUCUUCAACAUCGCCUCGCUCAUCUUUCCCAUCGUCGGCUCGCGCCUCGGCUGGCCUGCGCUCGACCCCAUCGGAGGUAUCGCGCUCUCCAUCUACAUCAUCUACGAGUGGAUCGAGACGCUCUGGGAGACCGUCUCCAAGCUGUCGGGCGCCGUCGCUUCCGCCACCGAAAUCUCAAAGUGUCUCUACUGCGUCGUCCGCUUCAACUCGGUCAACAGCGUAUCCGCCUUUGAGCUCUUCCACUCGGGCGACAACCUCAUCGUCGAGGCCGACAUCGUCCUGCCCCACUCCAUCUCGCUCAAAGAGUCGCACGACCUCGGAGAGAUCAUCACCUACUGCACCGAAAACAUCACCGGCGUAGAACGCUCCUACAUCCACCUCGACUACAAUCCCAAGGGUCAAGCCGGCCAUCUCACCCAGCGGGGAUAG